UUCAAGAAAUUCGUCUGCUAACUCACGCGAACAUGGCGAGGCAACCAGGUUUCUUUUGAUGAAAUAAUAGUGCCAGUGCAACUUUUGCUAGAUUUGGCAACACAGGUAAUCAAAAUUUUACAGGAUUUUCGAACGUCGAAAACCAAAAACGCAAACUGAUGGCAGAUGGAAAGGAACCUCUAGAUAAAGCAGGAGAAAAGACUGGUGGGGUCAGGGCAGGAGCUGGAGAAGGCAUCCGGAGUAUAAGAUCGACAUCAUUAUUCAGAGCAGUCAAUUUUGAACUGUAUGCAAAACCUAACAAAUGGGUUAUGGGAUUCGGUCUGGCUGCCCUUACCAGCUGUGUGGUGUACAUCGCCUAUCUCAAUGCACAGAAGGAGAACCAGAGAGACAGGGACAUGUAUGAACAAUACCAAGCUGACGGCACGACGAUAAUGAGACCAAGAAAUUCCAAAUGGGACUGAUAAUAUAUAUAUAUAUAUAUAUAUGGUUCAAUUUUACUGAGAGGGGAUGAGGAGAGGUCAGUUGACUGUGUGAUUUUGGAACUGUCAACUCUUUGGAAGAUCUAGGAGAUUUAGCCAGUUUUGAAGAUUCAACCUAUGCUUGGUCAUGUGGAUUAAGUCAUUUUCACCAAACGUUGAGAACCUAACAAAGCAAAGCCUAUCCUAGCUCCUGGGCAGUAUCGUGCACCAGUUCCCUGUUUGUUGGUGUUAUGGAACACCAAUCCAAGUGGUGACCCUACUGCUCAGGGGGGGUGAACUAUUGUUUCAUCCCCCCAAACAGUAUGACGACGUCAUUUGAUUUACGCCCAUGGUUUACUGCAUUCAUCUAUCAAAGGCACAAUAUCUGUCAAACAGAUGGAACUUCGAGGUAAUCACAAGAGUAGGAUAAAAUAAUGAUACCUGUGUCAUUCAUCUUUUUCAUUUCAUUUAUUUCCAUUUCUGGUAAAAAACAUUCAAAUACAAUCAUAUAUUUACAAAAAGAAAACAUAUGAAUAUAAAUACCAAGAAUAUGGGGGAGCCAGCAGAGGCCAUUAGCCUUUCAAAGGCUGGGCUCCAAUGCCAUAUUGAAACAUACAUAAUAUAGAGAGAGAAGGCGGGGGGGGGGGUACAUUUAUGUCUGGAUCGUGAUGGGUAAAUUAUAUAGAACUUAAAAUUCCUUCAUGAGAUGCAUUUUAUACUUUCAUUUAAAUGAGGCAAUAGAUGGGGACAUUUUUAUAUUAACAGGUAUUGCAUUCCAAGUAAUUGCUCCAGAAUAUUUUACCGAUUUAUGUGAAGUUUGAUAUUUCAACAGAGGAAUAAACAUAUUAUAAGCAUGUCUUGUAUUAAGUGUAUGAACAUCCUUCGUCAUUUUAAACAUAUCAUAAAAAAUAUGGGGAAGCAAGUUUUUAUUAUACAUGUACAUAAAUGAUCCAACUUGCAGUUCAUGUAUUUAAAAUAUAGUUAGCAUAUUAAAUUUUCUAAAAAGAGGUCCAGAUGGAGUUCUCGGAUGAGAGUUUGUAUUUGCACAUAGUGCUCUUUUUUGUAAAACAUACAAUUUAUUUAGAAGAAUUUUAGCACAAUGCCCCCAAGUAAUACAGAUGGGGAAGGAUAAUAGCAUUAUAUAUAUUAAUCAAUAUCUUCAAAGGAACAAAGUGUCUUAUUUUGUAUAAUAUACCAAUUGCACAUGAGAUCUUCCUCAGGAUGAUAUUAAUAUGUGGAGUCCAAGUAAGAUUUUCAUCAAUUGUCACUCCAAGAAAUGUGGUGUUUGAUACCUAUUGUAUAUUAAAAUUAUUGAUUGCAACAUCAUCGCAGAUUUGUUCAGAGAGUUUUUUAUUUUUUGGUUUGAAUAUCAUAUAAUUAGUUUUUUGAGAGUUAAGUAAUUUAUUAGCCAAAAACCCAUCUCCAAUUUUGGUAGUUCCGAAGUAAUUAUAUUAGAUAUUUCAUGGACAUUUUUACCUGAUACAAAAAGGUUUGUGUCAUCUGCGAAUGUGAUUGGACGAAAGUUUGGGGUUACAUAUUGCAUAUCAUUAACAUAUAAUAGAAAAAAUAACGGGCCUAAAAUGGAUCCUUGCGGAACUCCUGCAUUAAGUGUUAGCAAUCUAGAAUUAAUACCAUCUAUACAUACAAAUCGUUUUCUAUUAUAUAAAAAACUCUGUAUCAUUGCUAAAGAAAUUCCUCUAAACCCAUAAAAUUGCAACUUCCGUAAUAAAAUAUGGUGAUUUAUUGAGUCGAACGCUUUCGACAAAUCCAGAAAUAUUCCAAUACUAAUAUUCUUAUUUUCAAAAGCUGUAUUAAUAUAAUUAAUAAAUUCAAGUAGGGCCAUAGAUGUAGAGUGGCCAGAAUAAAAACCGAACUGUCUAUUGUAUAAAAUAUUAUAUUUAGAUAUAUAAGAUAUUAUCUUUGCAUACAUCAAUUUUUCAAAUAAUUUAUCAAAAACUGAAAGUAGGGACACAGGACGAUAAUUUGUACAUAAAGACUUGUCCCCCUUCUUGUAUAUAGGUAAGACUUUAGAAAUCUUUAAAGCAUCUGGAAAACAUCCUGUUUUUAUUGAAGUAUUGAAAAUAUGAGUUAAAACUGGUGCUACAAUGUGUAUACAUUGUUUUAAAACCUUGGUAUCUAUAUCAUCAUAACCCGGACUUUUUCCUUCUUUUAAUUUCAAUACCAUGUCUAUCACCUCAGAUUCUUUUAUACAUGUGAAAAAUAAGGAUUGUGGGUAAUCACCAGUCAUAUAUAUAACAGGGUCUGUCAAAGUAUGAGGCAUAUUAUUUAUAACCUUCGUACCAAUGGAAACAAAAUAUUUGUUGAAAACUUCCAAAACUUCUUAUGGUUCUUCAAUAGUUCCCCCAUCUUUUACCAGAAUUGGACAUUCAACUUUCUUUUGUUGUUUCAAUAUGUUAUUUAUAACACGCCAUGUUCCUUUCAAAUAAUUUCUUUUGUUGUAAAAUUUCUUUUGAUAAUAGUCUCGUUUGGCAUUUCUUAUGGCAUUAUUUACAAUAUUCCUUUGCUUCUUGUAUGCGUUUUUUCUAUAAUCGGUGGGAUUCUUUAUAAAUUUAUGGUAUAAGGAAUUUUUCUUACGACAAUCCAAGGUGUACUAUAAAAAACGUUGAUUCCCCUCAUGUGUCAAAGUGGAGUCUAGGAUUAUCCUCAGAUGUACAUACAUAAUGACAAUGCAAAAUGAUAUCAGAUGCAGUGAUGAUAUGUUGGGAGGUUUGAUUAAGGUGAAUAGUGAUCUUUGGUUGAUUACUGGAUUGGUCAUUGCAUCACUGGUUCAAUUCAAAACAUUCAAAACAAUUAAACAAUCAGGCAAAAAUUUACAAAUGAAGUUAUAUUAUUCAAGUCAUUGGUAAUUAUUCUCAUACAUGUACCAUUGACUGAGUAAAUCAAUAUGUUGGACAUAAUAUUAUUGAGUACCUGUUGCCAAAUUUUUCCACACGAACAAGAUAUUUUAACCCAUAAUUAUUUUUAAAAAAUAUAUAUAAUUUUAAAUGAAAUAACAAAAACGAAAUAAGACAUAGUAUUAAUAUGAAUGAAUUUCAAUUCAUUCUUUAGUAAGGAAAAGUAAGAAAUAUCAGCCAUUGGAACGCCAGGGACAGAUCAUUAUCAUUGACAUUGAAAAUGAAGAAGGAAGUUUGGAAUAAUUUCUUAAUUUUGCUAUAGAAUCCAGUCAAAUAAUGCUUGCAUUUUAUAGCACUGUUCAGUUUGCUUGUGGAAUAACUAGAACAUAUGGUAUCAAGUAUUCUCAGGUUUGAACCUUAUUCAUAGGAUGGUCUAAACUUUGUGGAUUUGGGCCUUAAACUUUAAAGGACACACAAACAAGUUUACCAACUAAACAAAACUAUUUUGUUUGAUUAAAGUCUUGAAGAAUAAUUUA